CCAGACACAAACACAUACACGGCGGCGCACAUGGAGGCACUCGCGCAUAACCACAGGCCAGGCACUCGCCUCACCAGAAAUAAGCAUCUUCCUACUCCUCCCCAUCCAUGAUCGCAAGCAUGCCUGCGUCACCGACAUGGCCGUCAGGUAUUUCCUCUCCCUCCGCCAGUGGUGGGCCGACAUUCGGGAAGAACGAAUCGCGCGGCGGGAUGGCGAGGGCCUCCUCCGCCUCAUGGCCAGGUGCUGUCGCAAUCUUCACCUUCAUCUCAACGCUCGUGCAUGCAGGCAAUGCGCGCGCCUCUCGCAACACAGCUGACGCGUCGCCCUCCAUCCCUUGCUGCAGGACCGUCACCGUCACCCUGAUCGACCGGAUCCGCUUCUCAACGGCGGCGAGGUCGACGGCCUCCGAACACCGCUCCCACAACGACCACUGGACGGCGCCAAGCUCCGGACGAUCGAUGCGGACCUUGGUGUGCACGUCGAUGAGCCCUCCAGCACAGUUGCCCCUCGCCGAAUAGGCCGCGCAUGCGGGCAAGAUGAAUGCGGGGCCGCUGAAGAGUGACGGCGACUGUGUCACAAUCACUCGUCGGAUUGUCUUCAUCUCGGUGAGGAAAUGGCGGGCUUCCGUCGUCAUCUGGUGUUCAGGCAGGCCCUCGAUUGUCGUCACAGAGGGGUAGACAGCGGGAGAGAGCAAAGUGCGCGGAAGGGGCGUCCACCUCUUGAAAGGUGUGUCGUUCUCGACCGAGAAUCUUAUGGUUGUGGCCGUCUUGAAUACCAGAAGAGGGGGCUGACACCAGGGGCCGCCCCACACCGGGAUGAUGACCGUCUUGCACGAGUCUGCCAGCAGCUCCAGCACCAUCGCGUUGCUAUAGAGGAAGUCGUUGGGGCAGUCGACGAAGAUGUUGGCGUGGAAAGAGGCCGUAUAGUAUCUCUCGCUGGCGCCAGGUCUUAUGAUGCUGCGGCGGAAGAGUGUGGUCACCCACACGAGGGACCGCUGCGCAGAGGCGGUGAGGGUGUGGAGGGGCACGUCGACGCUGAUGGUCGACACAGAGCGGUCAAGCCGCUCACGGAGAGACCGGUCGUCGAAGAUACCCACGGUCGACUCACCGAGCUCCAUAUCCUGCAGGCAGGCACACAAACAGGUCGACACGGCCUGCCCCUGUGUUUCGCCUUUCUUCGCGUGAAGGACCUUUACCGUGAUGGUGUCGAUGGCGAAUCUGUUCUGCGGGAUGCUCCGAAUUACAUCCAGCCACCUCCUCUCACCCCUCUUGCCCAGCGCCACGGCCCUCAACCUCGCAGCGUGACUCACCCACCACAUAGCUCCCCGGAACAAUGCCUCGUCGUCAGCAACGCACCAAAUGCGUUCGCCCGGCAAUCCGUGCUCGAGCCGCUCAAGCCGUGGCGCAUUCCACUGGCGAAUUUCAGCCAUACAAAACCACACAUGUGACAACACCGCCCUCCUGAGAUGGGGCAAGUUUAUCUUCACGGUGGGUGGCCGUCGGCGGUGGCCGGUGCGAGGCCUCACGAGGCCGCAGGGCAGGUCCUGGUAGAUGCUCUCUUGGUCGGAGGGGCAGUCCACGAUGAGCUCUUGAAGGGAUGCGGUGCACAACUCGACGAUUCUUGCCAGGGGAAGCAGCUGCGCCUUGUCGUCGAAUGGGAGGGAGAAAAAGAUCACUUUGACUCCGCGAUUCGGUGGUUGGCGGCUGAGGGCAUCUGCCCGCACCUGGAGCAAGAAAACACACGCCAAAACACGGACCCAUUCAUCGCAUCCCAGGCAAAGCACAGGUACUCACCUUCGCGUCGUCGAGGAGGGCCUGAUUUGCGGCAUCACCUUGCCGCUGCCAGAACGUCACCGAAGCGUAGUAGCUGUGGCACCAGGCGCAGAGGCGCCGGGAGCCCCUCCCGAGUACUCGAAGCACUUGCGAUGGGUAGCUCGAGAGAAAUCGGGCUAUCCACACCAGAAGAUCAUCGGGAAGAACGUCAAGGCCUCGAAGUUGUUCCAUAUCGUACGACGAGGUGGAUCUGUGCUGCCUGG